UGAGCUGUCUGGCCUGGGAAGAAGAGGGUCUGCUGCAGAGAACUGGAGUGGCCACUCGGACUGCCAGCCUUCUUCCUGGGGCUGGCCAGCCUACUCGAAUUCAGGCUUCACGGAGGCCUACACGGAGGCCUCCCUGGAAGCCCCGCCCAGCCGCCGAUCAGCUGAGAGGCGCCCGGGAGAAAAGCAGCUUGCCUGCUGCUUGGAUGGCCGACCAGGAGGACCAGCAGGAGGGAGGGCAAACAGGUGUCUUCACGGUUGAGGAGGAUGGAUGGUUUCUCCAGACCAUGGACACCGAAUGGUCUUGUGAGAGUCCUGACAUCCAAGAGGCCAAGAUCCCAGAAGACAACACUAGGGAUCAGGAGCUGGACGUGGAGAGCUUUGUCAGUUCCCUGAGCGUCCAGAGGCCAAGCACCGUGUUGAGGAGGCUGCAAAACACCGCCGCUGACCAAGAGCCAUCCCUUGGAGAGAGUUCUUCCUUCCCGGGGGCCGAGACUCCACAUGCCAGCGUGGAGGAAGAGGGGUCGGAAGAGGACUAUGCCACCAGUUCCCCCAGAGUCCCGAAGCCAAAGAAGUGGCUCAUCAAGAAGAUGAUGAAGAACACCUACACGGUGGAAGACUCGUCCUCCGCGGAGUGCUCCUCGAUGGAUGAGGAUGACACGAUGCAUGACAUCAGCAGCAUCGAGGACGAGGUGUGGGACUCUCCGCUGACACCCAGUUCGGCCAGGAACAUCGGCGAAGAGGAAAGAAGAGGACAGCUGGCCCCAGAUUGGUUCUCCUCGGUCCAUCUGGGAGAGGGGAGAGCAACAAAGAAGAUUGGGGACGUCAUCCGGAGCGUGGAGUAUGCCAGUGAGGUGGAGGAAAGGUUCCCCGAACUCCUGGUGGGCCUGGUCAACAAGAUCCUCACCGGCCUGCAGAACACCACUGAGGGAGUCGGGAACCGAGACAGCCAUGACCUGCCUCCUGAGGAGACCGCGCAGAUUGUCCGAACCCUGCUGGAGAGGGUGGCACAGGUGACCCCAGAGAAGACCUGCUGGGAAUCCCUGUGCUCUCCGCAGAGCUGCCUCCAGGGUGUGGCCCUCUUGUCCCUGGAGGAAUGGCUCAAAUUUUGCCCCUUUUGUUCAAAACCAUACCAUCGUGUCUGA